AUGCCGCUCCACAUUUUCCUGCGACGCUCUUUGGCCCCCCAUCUGUCAGUUUCUGGCGCGCGCACUUCUCUGCGUACCCCCCAAGCGCGGUUCUAUUCUCCCGAGUACCUACGCUCGCUAAAGGCCCGUCGCAUCCCAUGGGACAAUAACGAAGGAAGACCUCCGCAAGCCGGAGGCGGAGCUGAUCGAGGUCGUAAGAAGCGGAAUAUGGGACGAUCCGAGUGGAGAGCCCGGCACGAUGCUCAGCAGGAAGCGAAACGUCGCAAGAUCGAGAACGGAGAGGAGGUUAGGGCUCCUGUAUAUGCGACGCAAUUCUCCAAGGAGGACAUCGAGAGUGAGCAGCGCCGCCCCAAGAAGAAGGUCGCCGUGCUGCUGGGAUAUUCGGGAACUGGAUACAAGGGCAUGCAAUUGAGCGAGACGGAAAAGACCAUCGAAGGAGAGCUCUUUGCGGCUUUCGUGGCGGCUGGCGCCAUCUCCAAGGCCAACGCAACCGACCCGAAGAAGUCAUCGCUGGUGCGGUGCGCGCGUACCGACAAGGGUGUCCACGCUGCGGGAAACAUUGUCUCCCUGAAGCUGAUUGUCGAAGAUGACGAUAUCAUUCAGAAGAUCAACGAGAAACUCAGCUCGCAGAUUCGCGUAUGGGACAUCCUCGUCACGAACAAGUCGUUCAGCAGUUAUCAGCUGUGCGACUCUCGCAUUUACGAAUACCUCAUUCAACUCACUGUUUCCUGCCGCCUCACCCCAGCACUUACCUGGGCAAGAAGCUCUUCGAGUACGCCGAGAAGGAGGGUGACCUGGAGGGUUACAAGGCGCGACAGGAAGAGGUGGCGAGCUACUGGGAGGAGACCGACGAGAAGUACGUCCAGGAAACCACCGAACAGCCAUCCUCCGAAGGAAAGCCCGCAGAUGCUGAAAAAGACGAGGCCGAAGAAGCGCGCCGACGUAAGAUCUUCGAGACCGUCAAAGCCAUCAAAGCCGCCUAUCUCCAGGCUAAGAGGGCCUACCGUAUUCCGGCCCAACGCCUGGCCCGCGUGCAGGAAGCCCUCGACAAGUACGUCGGAACGAAUAACUUCUUCAACUACACAAUCCAAAAGACACAUGCCGACCCAUCCUCAAAACGUCACAUCAAGUCCUUCAAGAUGGCCGAACAACCCAUCAUCAUCAACGGCACCGAGUGGCUCAGCCUCAAGGUCCAUGGCCAAAGUUUCAUGAUGCACCAGAUCCGCAAGAUGGUCGCCAUGGCUGCCAUGGUCGUGCGCUGCGGCUGUGAUCCCCAGCGGAUUGUCGAGACUUACGGCGCCAAUAAGAUCGCCAUUCCCAAGGCUCCCGGUCUGGGUCUGCUUCUUGAACGGCCCGUCUUCGACUCGUAUAACCGGAAGACCCAUGAGACGGGCAAAGACCCCAUCGACUUCGACAAGCAUGCCGAUACCAUUAAUGAGUUCAAGCAGCGUGAGAUUUACGAUCGUAUCUUCCGUGAGGAAGAAGAAACUCAUGCUUUCUCUGCUUUCUUUGGCCACCUCGAUCACUACUCGCAAGAGGAAUUCCUCUACGUCACGUCGGGCGGUAUCCCUGCUGCCAGACUAGUCUCGGUGCCUGCUAACGGCACGGAGGAGAAGAAGUCGCAGCGCGAGGCGUUGGCAGAGGUGGAGGGUGCUGCGUCGGAGGAUGAGGGUGCUCCUCCGAAUGGGGGAGAAGAGGGAGGUUAG